AGCACCUGAUACUGAGCCACAGCCAGGCCGAAUGACUCGAUUCCUAAAAUGUGCAUUUCUAAGGGUAUGUGAUGUGAAACCAGGAACCAGAAAGCAAAGUUCCUUAACAUUGGUUGUUUCUGGGCUGGAGAUGCAGUUUAGUGCUAGAGUGCUUACCUAGUAUUCACAAAGCCCUAGGUUCGGUCUUCAGCACCUGAGUGACCCUAGUGUGGUGAUGCACACUUAUAAUCCCAUAAUUUGGGAGGUCACGAGUUCAAAGUCAUCCUUGGCUACAAAAUGAGUUUGAGCCCAGCUACAGGAGACCCUGUCUCAAGAUAAAAGAAGGUUGCUUCAGGGCAGGAGAGAUGGCUCAGUGGGUCUAAGAACACUGGCUGUAAGCCAGCUAUGAUGGCACACACCUUUGAUCUCAGCACUUGGGAGGCAAAGGCAGGUGUAUCUCUUAGUUCGAGGCCAGUUCAGUCUACAAUGAAUUCCAGGAUAGCCCUGGCUGUCAGGGCUACAGCCAGGGUUACACCGAGAAAUCUUGUCUCAGAAAAACAACACUGGCUAUUUGUCCUGAGGACCCGGGUUCAAUUCCCUGGACUAACAAGGUGGCUCACAACCACCUAUAUCUCUAGUUCCAGGGGAUCUAAUACCUUCUUCUGGCCUUCAUAGGCACACAUACACAUAAAUAAAUAAAUAACACAAAUCUUUCUCUAAAAGGUUGUUUCCACUCAUACUAUAAAUCUCAACGUUUUUAGUUUACUCUGUAGUUUGUCUACAGAAUUACAUUAAGCUGAUAAACCAACCGUUGCUCAGAUGUCAUGUGACCUGUGGUUGCUGCAGAUCAGCAAGGCUUAUGGGUGACAAAGGGAACUUGAACUUGUCACUCAGCCAGCCACAAAUUAGCAAGGGAAACGCUACACCCAUGCACUGUCCUACUUCUUCCCAAAAUGUCACCCAUCUUUAGGGACAGGCUGAGGGUAUCCUCAUGGCGUAGCAGCUCCCCUGAGGCUCCAGGCACACGUGGAAGGGUCUGUCCCAGCAGCAGCUGACACGACUCUGCACACGGUGCUAGGCGAUAAGUGCACAAGUGACGACCUGGGAAGGACGCUUAUGAAACAGACCCGGUGCCAUCAGGGAUGAGCGCACCGCCCGGAGGAUGCUGUGCGCUUGCCUGAUUUUGCUGAUCGCAUCUGUGAGUGAACGUGCAUCAGGGGUGUGCUUUUCCUUGUGAGCUUAUGCUGCAGUCGGCGUCAGCCAAACCAAGAGCUGAGGUCAGGGGACUAUAAACCCAGUGGAUCCAACGUCACUUGAGGCAAGGUCACUGGAGGGUCUCCAUGGUCCUCCUGGUGUUUGGGCAUACCAGGGUAGUGCAAGGACUGGACUCCUCCAACAGUGAUUCUCCUGGGCCUCCUACACUGUUAGAUGUAUGGCUCAGGGACCCUGAGAGAUCCCCCACUGAGUCCCUCAGGUAAUGGGGAAGAUUCUUCAACUGCCUUCAGCAAGUGAGACAUUCCUGCGGCCACAAGCCCAGGACACACAGCUUCCAAUGCCACCUAGCAUGCCCCACCAUCUGCAGUAGGGACAGGACCAUGGGAGCACAGGGAACUUCCUAAGGCGGGCGGCCACCAGCAGCAGAGGCUACACUAUGCCCUCACAUGCAUUCAGACCUCAAGAGGGAAGGCAGCAUUAACCACAUGCCCAGAUCUAGUCACUGGCUCCUUCUGGGGCACACGUUAGGCCCCCAGACCCCCCCUCCGCCCCCAUCCUAAUCUGAGAAACACCAGGACCAAGUCUUGGGGCUUCCUUUCAAAGAAGGGCUGGGUGAGCCGGGCUCCUGCCACUCAGCUCCCCUAGCCACCCCGCAGUGACGGAGCCAGGGUGCUCCUGGCUGAUGUGUCACGCCGCCGUUCAGGAAAAGGGAAGGACUUAAAACCUUCCACGGCUGGAAAACCACACUCCCCAUGUGUUCUGACCACGGCACUCCCCACUUCCAAUUCUCCCUCCAUUUGAGUGUGUGUGUGUGUGUGAGUGUGUGUGUGAGUGUGUGUGUGUGCAAUAUGCAUACAUGUCUGUUCUACUUUGGGUGCAUGUCUGAAGAGGGGCGAUCUUGCAUGUGGAGGUCUGAGGCUGAGGUUGGUAAUAUCCUUGAUUGCCCUACCACCUUAUUGACGGAGGCAGGGUCCAUCUUUUAAUCAAACCCAGAGCACGCUGAUAUGGCUGGUCUCGCCAGCCGGCUUGCUCUGAGGACCCACCUCUGUGUUUGGGGGCUGGGAUCCUGGGUGGGCCGCCAUGCCCACCUGGAACUUCCAUGGGUUCCGGGGAUUCAAAUUCAAGCAGUGAAACAUGUGCUUUAACACACACCAAAUCAUGUCCCCAGCCCCCACUCUGAGAUCAUUGGCUGGGAAAUAAGGACAGUUCACCAUACACCCAUAUUUUCACAGCCUGCGUGUUCACUAUAGCUAGUGUGAGACAGCUUGUCUCUGUUCACGGUGAAAGGAUGCCCACCCACCCAAACAGCUCCUCAGAUCUCAGCGGACACUCUAAACACCCAACAGCCUGCCUCCCUGACCCAGGAAAGGAGACACCAUCUCUGGGGCCCAAGGAACUUUCUAGAAUGAUAGAAACAGUCUCUCAGUGGGCCAUUGGAUUUGUGGCUGCUUGCACCUCUCAGAACCCAUCAGGUGGGAACCCGGAAAUCUGUCAACUGGGUCAUGUAUGGACUGAUCCUCAGUGUCUCCUGAGGAGGGACAAGGACGGCCAGCCCCAUGCUAUCACCAUCAUGGAUGACAUGAACCUGGGAGGCGCAUACCGAAUGCUGUAAAAUGAAAAGUACUUCGCUUUCAAGCUAUGAGCAGAAUAGCCUGGCUUAAACUUCACUGGGUUCACGGUUCCUGUCCGAGACAGGCUCGUUUCCAGAGCUCCACCAAGUGGCCGUUGAUGGACUUGCUGUCAGUGGACUUCAAGCCUCUGGCUGCACAAGUCAGGGGAGGAGCCCAGGUGCCAGGAGGGGGCAUGCCAGGUAAUUGCUUUCAGCUUGCCAAGCCCAAGGCUCUCCCACAAUGGCUUCAACCUCAGACAGUGUGGGCACCGGCUAAAUAUCCCCGAGCAAUCCCAUUGAUGUCCGCCAGCUCCACUACAGGAUGGAUUUACACGGAGAAACACUGAUUUCUAAGCAUGAAGUUGGGCUCCUACACACAACACUUAUCCCAUGAUCCUUAGCAAAUGUGGGUCUGGGGAUGACAGUCGGUCUUUGCCACACCACGGCUAAGCUGAAGGACAUGGUUCUGGGAUGUGGCAUGGCUCCCAGAGGGAUGGGGGUCCUGUCACUGUUUUCCCUCUGCUGUGGAGGAUACCUGCAGCCAGGGCUGUUCUCUGGCUGCCUUCUUGCCCCAAAGGCCCCAGACUACAGUCUUGUGGAGCUCUGGAGGCAGGUCCUUGGCAUUCUAGCCAGCAGGGGCUAAGACCUCGCAUGCUCCAGUGGUAAGGUAUGGCUGUUCUGUGUGCAGGCUGUUCUGUAGGUGGGACUGCUAACUACCAUGAGGGGCUUCCAGGUCACACCUGCUGUGGCAGACGCUGCAGCGGCUUCUUAGCAGGAGUCUUGUCUCAGGAACCUGGCACUUUGUCAGGUGUCCCCAGAUUCCCCUCCACUGUGCCUUCAGGGAAGCCCAAGGAUCCUGGCCCUGCUAAGUGAGCCUGGGUUAUUUAGCUGUGGGUUCCCAAGUCCUGCGUAUGAGAUGCAGGCAGCCAGGAUCUCCUCAGGACAAGGAUCCCCUCAGUUCUUGGGCAUCCCUGACGCCCCCUUGGUCAGCCGCACAUACAGGUUCAGGUCUGAAACUCCUGUAAACAGGACACAGGCUCUCGACUAACACAGGAAACUCAAGACCAAUGUGAUGGUUUGUAUCAACUUGAUAGGACCUGGACUCACCUAUGAGACAAACCUCACAUGUCGGUCAGAGACUUUCUAGAUUGGGUUAACUGAAGCGGGACCCUCCCUAAAUGCAGGCAGCUCCACUCCACAGGCUGGCAUCCCAGAUAAUAAAAAGGAGAAAGAGAACAAAGAGUAUCAAUACCCAUUGCCCUCCGCUUCCUGACCACAGACACAACGUGACCAGCAGCGUCUUAUACAUGCCUUUGCCUUUCCCACCAUGAUGGACUGUACCCUCUCAAACCAGGAGAGAUCAACCUUCCCCUGAAGGUGCUUCCUGUCAGGUAUUAGGACACAGCAAUGAGGAAGCAGUUGAUACAGUCAACGCAGCACAGGAGGGACCAGGCUGCUGCUGUGGGCCGCAGGAAUAUAUCAUAACAACUCAGCUGGUUAUGGCAAAGUCCCUACCUGGAGGAUCAAGGAACUCCUUCAGAGGAAGCCAAAUUCCAAGGAGCUUUUGGUGUUACUUGGCUUGUUAUAUAUCAGCUGUCUUCUAUUAUGAAAAUCAUGUGUGCCUUCAUAGUUUUCCCAAUUGAUUUUUCCCUAAGAAGGGCUAACAGUGUGGACUGAUCACUCUCUGGACAUACACAUUCCAGGUAUUUGGAGAACAGCCUCAGGAAAGGCUUUCUCUGGAAUCAGAUAUCUCCCUUGGCCACUUUCAAGGACUAGCAGUAAUAACAGUCCACAUGCAAGUCUCCUGAUUUAAGGUAAACUCCACAAGGAGACACCACCUAGGUCAGGCAGACAUUAAGUAAUAGCUUUACACAAUUUAGCUCGGACCCUCCUUUCUUACAGCCUUACUAACUUUAUAGACCUUUAACUCCUUACCCAACCACUUCUAGGAAUAUUUAGAUAACCUUCUGCACUGACAGCUAUGCUCAGCCCGAACCCCAGUUCAAGUCUCCUUGUAAUUAUCAUCAUUGGCAGCAUCCCAUCAGGUCCAUCCCCAGGUGGAGGAAAGUACCUUAUCAGAGAUACCUCUGUAUUCUCUAAGAACAGACUUAAGCAUCCAGACUACCCAUUUGAGAAGGCCUGGCAGAUGUGCCAAUUAAGCUUAACUUUCCCCUUUCCCAAACCUUACCUCUGGUUCCAGAUCUCCCUUUAACUAUCACCAGAGGCAUCUAGCUGUACACAGGUUGCCUAGCAACUGAGCACACUUUCCCCCACCCUGCAGAAAAACGGCAGAUAGCUUGGACAGAUAGGAACCACAGGAAAAAAGAAGACAGUUUUACUUUCUCCCACUGACCUAGCAACUUAUAGAUUCUCAACAUUUUCUACCAAUCACGUUUAAGACUAUAGCUGAGCACAUAAGAUCCCUCUUCCUAGAUAUUACCCAAAUUUAGCCUUUAGUUUAUUCAUUUCCCCAUUGGUCAUUUCCCUUUGGGGUUGUAAAUGAUAAUUAAUGGUUAUUGCCCUUCUAUGUGAUUCUUAUCACCCCUCCGUUUGACCCUGGAAUCCUGCCUUUGCCCUGCCAAGGGACUACUGCUUGUAAGUGUAUAUAUACCGGGACUCCCAGGGCACUGGCAGAAGAAGAUUUGGAAGAAGAAAUGACUAGACUAAGAGCUCUGUGUGCUGAGAUUCUAUUUCCCGAAAAUAGUCCUCACCGUCCGUAGUUUCUCUCCUGAGCCCCUGGGACGUAUGGUAUUAAGGCUGGUCCUUCUAGUACCGAACAAGAGGCUGUGACUACGCACACUCACACAAUGCAGGCACAAAUGCACACAACCAUGCAGCCCCAAGGCAGCUCUCUCUGCACAGCAAGCUGAGGGUGGUGGGAAAGCGUCACAGGCGCAGACACAACUCAGGACUGUGCUUGCCAAGGGCUCAGCAGGCUUGGGCUCACACCAUGGCUUCACUCUGAGACUGCUUGUACCUGACUCAGGCUACAUGUCGGGGGCGGCCGCGUGUUAGAGCCUCUCAGCCCACAGCUAGGGAGGUGUUAGAGCCUCUCAGCCCACAGCUAGGGAGGUGUUAGAGCCUCUCAGCCCACAGCUAGGGAGGCGGACAGCAGAAAAAUGAUAGAGUAACCCCAAGUCCUUUCAUUUAAGGAGGCAAUGGUGAAGGGUGGUGUCCUAGUUAGGGUUACUAUUAUUGUGAUGAAAUGCCAUAACCAAAGCAAUUUGGGAAGGAAAGGGUUUAUUUGGCUUACACUUCCCCCACAUCAUAGGUCAUCACUGAAGUUAGUCAAGACAGGAACUCAAGCAGGGAAGGAAGCUGGGGGCAGGAGCUGAUGCAGAGGCCAUGGAGGGUGCUGCUUACUGGCUUGCUCUCCAUGGCUUACUCAGCCUGCUUUCUUAUAGAACCCAGGACCACCAGCCACAAUGGUCUGGACCCUCCCCCUUCAAUCAUGAAUUAAGGUAAUGCUCUACAGGCUUGCUUACUGUCCAGUGUUACGGAGGCAUUGUCUCAACUGGGGUCUCCUUCUCUCAGACGACUCUAGCCUGUGUCAAGUUGACAUAAAAUUGGGCAGCACAGUGCCAGGUGGUGGUGACGCACGCCUUUAAUCCCAGCACUCGGGAGGCAGAGGCCGAUGGACUUCUGUGAGUUCGAGGCCAGUCUGGACUUCACAGAGAAACCCUAUCUCAAAAAACAAAAACAAACAAAUCCCAAAUUCAAAAUCAAAUAAACAACAACAACAACAAUAACAAAAAUUACUGGUGACGUGCUCAGUUGAUAGAGGGCCUGCCUAGCAUGCACAAAGCCAGGAGUUCCAACCCCAGCAUGGCAUGAACUAGGUGUGGUGGUGCAUACCUGUAACCCCGGGGCUUGCGAGUAGAGGCAGGGGGAUCAGGAACUGAAGGUUAUAGCGCCAGAUGCCAGACUCAAAUCUGUCUCAGAUUCCUAGGAAGGGCCUGCAGCUGUCACUACAGAGCCGGUCAGAGGGUCACUUGGUAGUGUACUGGGGACACAACACCGUGUGGCCAGCACUCCCUUGGGUGGGACAGUCUAUAGCACCUGUGAGGAAGUCACAGUGGCCCAGGACAGAGCCCAGGCCCAGUCUGCACAGCCUCACUAGCUGCAGGUGAGGACUAGCUCCAGAUAGAUGAGACACAGAAUAACUGGAGCCCGUUAAGUGCAGGCGCUUGGACCAAAGAGCCUGUUAAACAGCGUGUCCACGUCACUGAGUGAGGGAAGAUGCCAGACAGAGAGCUGAGACACCAGAGAUAGCUGGGGAGCAGGUGGGAAGCAGAGGUCAGGAGGAGUCAAGCCCAGCACAACGAGGACUGAGAGUCCACAAUGGAGAAUCACCAGACACAGAGCUUCUGCCACGUGGCAUGAACCAAGACUGGACUCACACCAACCUUUCAAUCCUUGGUCUCAAUUCCAGACCUGGUGUUCCUCUCCUGCUUUUCUAUAGCCCUGACAUGGAACAGGCUUCAACCAGGUCACUCUGUGAAUCUCUUCCUCAUGACCCCUGGGCCGCCACAUCCGGAAGACGACAGUUACAGGAGGCAUUGGGCCCUCACCUUAGUCAGCAUGCCAUAAUAUGGCAAGAUGACCCUCCACCCCUCAUCCAGCCUCUGGGCCACACACUGAGUCGCUACCAUAGCCCCUAGAUGCCAAUACCCGAUAACCAUCAACUUUUCAAACUGCAGGGUCACCGAGUAAGGAAGGCACUGGAGAAGGGUAAAACAGGGUCUGUUUGCUACUGCCACUCUGAGGACUUUCAGGGAGAAGCGUUGGCAGUGCGUCCUGGAGGAGAUGCUACAGAGCAGCUCAGUUGUGUGGUACCUCUGCCCAUCCCUGUACAAGACCAACACUGCAGCAGCCUCGGGGUUCGAAGGAGUUGGGGUGAUCUGCCAACUAGCUAGGAGAUUUGACAAUGUUCCUACUUGAGCCUGGUAAUGGCACCAGCCUUGUACACGUGCCCCAAAUACCAAACUACGUGUUUUGUUGUUGUUUUUUCAUGUGCAAUGGUAUUUUGCCUGCAGGUAUGUCUGUGUGAGGGUGCCACAUUCCCUGGAACUGGAGUUACAGACAGUCGUGAGCCACCAUGUAGGUGCUGGGAAUUGAACCCAGGUCCUCUGGAAGAACAGUCAGUGCUCUUAACCAUCGAGCCAUCUCUCCAGCCCCGAACUACAUGUUUGAAACAGCAGAAUUAUAACACAAACCUCAAAAAAAGCUGGGCUUGAAAAUGUAAAGACGUGGCAAAGUUGCGAGGGUCAGAAAAGUCACCACUGUUGACACAGUAUGAAAUGACACUGAGCAGCUGUCUGCUCUGUCCCUGGGCUCCGUCUCUUUUGAAGAGGAAGCAUAAGGUACAUGGCCUUUUGUGUCCCGCUUGUCCUGAGUGUGAUGUCUCAAGGGCCUCCCAAUGCAGUGUGUCAGAACUUCAUUUCUCUUCAUGCGACAUGAUGUCUGACUGUAGAGACAGAUAUGUGUGCUGUUCUGGUUGCUUCCACCACCUGGUGGUGUGAAUGGGUCUUUGUGAGAAGGAGGGUCAGCCUGUGACAUGCUCCCUGCCCCCAGCUCCCAGCGCAGUACAGAGGACCGGCAGCUGUGCAAACGGAGACGCCUGGGGACACCUUGCUGCCCAGACUAUUUGUGGCCUAUGGCCAGGUGAUGACAGCACGAGUGACAUCCAAGUGUAUCCUUGCCAGGCAUGUUGACGCACACCUUCAAUUCCGGCUCUCAGUAGGCAGAGACAGGUGUAUCUGUGAGUCUGAAGCCAACCCGGCCUAUAUGGUGAGUUCCAGGUCAGCCAGGGCUACAUAGUGAGAAGCUAUCUCAAAAACAAGAUCAACCAAUUAAACAAAAACUAAGGUGUGUCCUCAGAGAGGUGACAGGGAGGAAGGAAGCCACCAUGCUCAUCACAGGCUCAGUCGGGGAAAUUAACAAACGAUGGGAGCGGGGAGGGGAAAGCCAGGGUGGAGGCAGCCAAAGCCUCCCAGCUAACGGGGAACCACAGUAUGGCAGGGAACACGGAAGAAGGAAGCCACAUCUACCCACUGCCCCUUCCCUCCUUACGCAAACCUUCAGUGUCCUUCCCCUCCUUCCUACACAGCAGAGACGCUGCCCUUAGUGUUGGGGCCCCAGUGAGCCAGGGCUGCAGGCUGUGCAGGUCCCGAGCACAGCAGCAUGAAUGCACAAUCCCAGGGCAGCGUGAACAUGCAAUCUGGGGCCACAUCUUCCUGAAUUCUGAAUUCCCACAGUGGCAUGUGCAUGCAAUCCAGGGGCCACAUCUUCUUGAAUGCUUACGGCAGCAUGAACUUGCAAUCUGGGGCCACAUCGCCCUGACUUCUAUUACCAGGUCAGAGCAAAAGUUCAGAUCAGCACUUUGGCGGCUGACGGCCCACGUCCAGGAAAUCGAAAGCUUAGGCAGGGGUCGCAAGUUGAAGAAGUCCUUGUGAUACCAAGGAAGUGGUCCUGAGCUGGGACGGAAGUUUGACUGGGAGGUUGUUUGUGGCCAGGGGGCCCUGUAACAGCCAUGGGAACCAGUUUACCCAGCACCACUAGGGGAGCCACAACCACUGACUUUCCUGUCACACUUCUGGGGCAACCCGAGCAUGGGUGCUAUCAUCACUCAUCUCACAGGAGGGAACUGAGGCCUGGGGACGGGGUGCCUGCCUCCAAAGAUCACACACCAGUGAAUGCACAGAGAGCAGCCACCACAGUUCCAUUGCCCCACACCUGCGCACUCAGCCUGAGGACCCAGCACAGCUCAGGAAGGAAGCACAGGACUGGAGGACACGCAGGGCCCUCCCACGGUGCAGAGCCUUGGGGGGAGGCGUCUGUGCCCUGCAGUCCGGUGAGACUCCAGUGCCUAAGCUGCUGACACUGAGGAAGGCCGCUCACUACCUCACUUCCGCUCAGGCUGAGCUGCAGGGCCUCUCGUCCACUGCCUGUCCCCAGAGGCUCCUCCCACUGGGCCCAGAGGUGCCCAGUGACAAGCAGAAGAUGCCUCCAGAAGAAGACUGACACCACAGGGUUGUCCCUUCACCAGGGGACAGGGUAUAUGACAGGCAGAGGGUACAGCAGCAGGCUUCAGAGCGGAGCGUGUACUUCCCUUACCAGCAGGUAAGAGUCCCCACCCAACCUCCACGCCCCGCCCAGGUCCUCCCUAUGCCCUGCCCAGUCCCCAGGCGAGGGCCCAGGCACUAGCACUUUGGGACAAGGCCCAAGUGAGAGGCUGGAGAGUGAGCCACGUGCCUCUCGAGGCCGCAUCCUCUCAUGGAAGCCUGACAGGCAAGGGGCACUGGGAAGGGCCAGAGGUCACUUAGGGACCAUUCUUGGGAGGGAUACAAUAGGAUUUUGCAGAAUUGUCAAGAGCCAUUAGGAAGGACACAACCAGUGGCCACACAGAGAACUGGGGUCAAACACGGAAGUGCCAGAGGCAACCCCAACACAAAGCAGUGAAGAGUGGCCCUUUGUAGCCCCAUGAGCUGAAUCUGCCAUUCUGAACUCACGGCCAGAAGGCCGACACAGCAAUGUGGGCUGAGAGAUGUCUUCACCACACAUCAGGCAGAAAGGGGGCAAGAGAGGGUGCAGUGAGUGUCCUGGAGGAGAGAGGCCACUGGGAAGAAGCCUCCUCAGCCAUUAGGGUCUCCUCAGACUUCUCUCCCACUAGAGUCAGAUUCUUCCUUCCUGGGGCAGUAUCCUGGCAGCAUCCAGGGCUGAAAAUGCACUCCAGAGGAAUCCGGGUCCCCAGUUAAUGGCUUUCUAAUCCCCCUCGAGUCAGAGAGCAGUUGGCCCCACAGGGACUACCCAGAGGCCCAGGCUGACAGUGCUGGCAUGGCUCUCCCACAGCACUCAGGAGGCUGAAGGAAGUGUCGGAGACCAGUGCCACAGGGCAGCCUGGGGCUGACGCCACGUCACCAGCCUGCAACAUGAAGUAAGCCGCAAACGUGUGCGCACAUGGGGGUUGGGGUGCAGAUGAAGACCACUGCAUUUCAAAACUUUAAAGUGUUCCCAGGACUGUUUACCUCCAUUCGGCUGAGGCUCUCCCUCCAGAACUUGGUGCCUCCGCUCUGCACUCCUCCCAGCCAGCAUCACGGCAUCCCGGGCAAGGCCCGGUGAAAAGGAUGCUGGACACCAGCAAGCUGACGUGCCUUCUGGCAUCAUGUCCAGGCAGAGCCCCACUCCAUGCAGCCCCAAGAUGCAGCUCAGGCCAUCGGUGUGCAGGGUAAUAAGGGGUGCCCAGUGUCACCUGCCAUCCAGGCUGGAGUAUUUACUGUCCUGAGUCACUCUGUGUAAGGGACAGAGGGGCCAGACCCUCAUCCACAUGGCAAGGUUCCAGGAGCUGGUUUGCUCUGGUUGGGAGGACUUUUCCUGGCUGGGUGGGGCUCCAGCUCCUAUUUUAGGUUGCAAAUGUCUUUGCCUUCUGGGAGUGGCCAGCACACUUCUGCAAGGAAGCUCUGGAAACCCUCAGACUCACACACACGUCACUCCUCCACCUCAGAGAUAGGUCCAUUUGGAUUCUUCUAGGUCACAUGGUCCAACCAUAGCCCGCUUAAACACAGUGUGUGGUUUGGAUGACUCCAGGCCAAAUCCUGUUUUUCCUUAGGAACUGUGGGUGUCUGUGCCAGUCUGUCUUUGGCAACUGUUGAGCAAUGGAGGGAAGACUGGAUGAACAGAGAGCAUGCCCCAGCCUCACAGCAGCCCCCGACAGCUGACGGAGCCUUGUGUGGCCACACAGCAUGUGCUUCUGUUUCAGGUCUGACAGCUCUCCUGAAGAUGGACCGCCACAACAUGUCCUGGAUCCGCUACCCUAGCCAUGUGUCCCCAGCUGUGGAGGACGUCAUUGCAGCACAGACCAUCAUUUCUCGGUGCAUGCAUGUGUAUGUAGCAGUGUUUGUCCCACUGGGCCUUGUGUCGGGGCUCUUCAGUCUCAUCGUGUUCAUCCAGGACCGUACUAGGCUGGGGGUGCUGGACAGGCUUCUUGCAGGCCUCACAGUCACUGGCAUCUUUGUGACUCUACUGUCCCUCAAUGCUGCUGGCCGGCCUGAUUACAUGUCCACGACAAACCUGGGCUGUGGGGCACUCUCAUUCUUCUCCAACGUCUGCUACUUUACAGCUCAGCACCUGCAGGGGGCCAUGCUCGUCCUAUCUCUUCUGCCGGGAUCUUCAGGCUCCCGGCUCUUGGCGAGGCCUGUGGCAAGCCUAGCUGCCAUCGGGGGCUGCGCUGUGUGUAGCUCGCUCAUCGUGGUGUCCCUGCUGGGCACAUCUGGGGAGCUGCACACAACCACCAUGUGCCAGGUGGAUCCACUGACUGCAUGGCCGGAAUACGAGAUUGUCAAGUUCAGCCUAGGCUUCGCAUUUGCCUUGAGCUUCCAGAUGGUUCUCUUUCUCCUGCAUGCUGCACAGCCAGCCUGGCGGAUGGCUCCUGCUCCGAAGGACACAGCUUCUGGGUGCUGGGUGGUACUGGUCGUGGCUCUCAACAUGUCUGCCUGUAGACUCUUCUAUAAUGCGAUCCUCCUGCAUCGGGCCCAGCUGAAGCUUUGGAAGGAUGUGGGCUCCCCCAGAGAUGAGCUGUUUAUGAACCUCGCAGAGCUGGUCCUGUCUGCAGAGAGCUGCAUCAACUUGGUGGCCACCCUGCUCCUCCACACACGGUGCAGGCUCAGGUUGCUGGGCCUCCAUGAACGCCUCACACAGAGAUGUAGGCGGGGAGCGGACAACAGCAUGCCCUUGAACAGAGUAGGGGGCUAGACAGGGCCUGCCUGCUGGCACAAGCCACACCCCUCCCUGGUGUUCAGGGAAGAGUACCUUUCUAGGGAGCCUGGGCAGGGUUCAUAUGGUCUGGAGAGUGUUUAACAAGCACGAGCUUGCCUUCGUUCACCUCAACCUAUGCAAAACAAGACAGUUUCUCUUUUCAAAUCAACAGACGCACCUUGUGGAACAUUCGAGUCAAGGACACAAAGGCAUGGGUACAGAGGCUGACCAGAGACCAUGGGUCUGCUGGAGGGUGUCCUGACUAUAAUGGCCAUGUGUGCCUGCUGGCUGCCAUCCUCCAUUCCAUAGCCCAGUCCGAUGGCACAGGAAGGGCACUGUGGAAAUAAAUGCAUAACUUGUUUGUUUCUUUCUUUUUUAAAUAAUGUGUGUACUGGUGUUUGCUUGCAUGUAUGUCUGUGUGAGGGUGUCAGAUCCCUUGGAACUGGAGUUACAGACAGUUGUGAACUGCCAUGUGAGUGCUGGGAAUUGAACCUGGGUCCUCUGGAAGAGCAGCCGGUGCUCUUAACCACUGAGCCAUCUCUCCAGUCCCACAGGCUCUCAUUUUAAGUCAGGCUGUAAAUUAUAAAAGCCAGCUUUAGCUGAAGUUGUGCUCACUUGGUGGCAUGCUGCCUGGCAUUGAAGAAGUGCCGGGUUCCAUCCCCAGCACUGCAUGCACUGGGCGUGGUGUUGUAUACACACACACAACUUUGAGCAGGGUGUGAUGGCACACCUCUAUAAUCCUAGCCUUCAGGUGGUUGAAUCAGGAGGCUCAGAUGUUCAAAGUCAGCUAGGUGUACAUGAAUGAGACCCACACAAAACAAGGGGCUCCACUUUUUUGUUUCUUGAGACAGGCUCUCACUACACACAGCCUGGGCUGGUCUUGACUCCUGAUCCUCCUGCCUCGGCCUCCUGCAUGCUGGGACUCCAUGCCUGCAUCACCACACCUGGCUACUUACGUACUCUAUAGCUACGUGACAUUCUGCUCCUAUGUAGCUGUCGCCAUAGCUUUCAACUGCCCGAGAAUUCCUGCCCAAAACCUCCGUUAGGUUUGCCUUUGAAAAAAAUCUGUCAUCUCUGGGGCUAGAGAGAUGGCUCAGCAGUCAAAAGUGCACAGUGUUCUUGCAGAGUCAGUUCCCAGGAACCACAGCAGGUGGCUCACAGGUGCCUGUCCUCCAUCUCCAGGGGAUCCAAUGCUGUCUUCUACGGCACCUGUACUCAUAUGCACGCACUCCCCCAACACAUACAUAAUCUAAAGAAUGCAAAUAAAUCUUUAAAAAAAAACUGUCAUCAUAGCUGGAGUGUUGAGAUUAUCACCAUAAGUGGAAGGUCACUGAAACAGCUGGUUUCCAUCCAGUGACAACGGUGUCACACAGGGUUGUGCUGCUACACUGAGAGCCGGCAGGUACCCAUAGCUGCUGAGAGCUCCAGUAUAUCCAAUGUUGGAAGCCUGGUCACCAGUGUGGUUUCCUCAGGGAACUUUAAGAGGGGAGCCCAGUGGCUUCUUUCUGGCUUCCUGUCUCAACAUGUGAUCUCUAUGUCCAGUGUGCUCUCACCACCAGCUCCUCCCAGGAUCCGAUCAGCUUCCCCAUGACCCCAUCUACUCCCACCACGAUCCCAUCAGCUCCUCCCACGAUCCCAUCAGCUCCUCCCACGAUCCCAUCCAUUCCCAUCACGAUCCCAUCAGCUCCUCCCACGAUCUCAUCCACUCCCAUCACGAUCCCAUCAGCUCCCCCACCACAAUUUAUCUGCUCCUACCAGGAUUCCUUCAGCUCCCACCACUCCAGCCAUAGUUCCAUCUGCCCCUGCUAGGAUUCCAUCCACUACCAUAAAAAACAGGAAUGGCUUUGCAGAGGCUAAAUUGGCAGGGCUCCCUAAUCUUGGAUUUCUAACCUCUAAAAAUGAGCUACAAAACAUCCCCUUCUUUAUGAAGUACCCAGCCUCAGCUGUGCUAUCACAGCAACGAAAAACUGACUAAACACCCGAAUUCCAAGACAUGUCUGUCCUCUGGCCGGGGAAGGUACUAACUAGCCCUCUGGCAGCUCUGGGAUUGGCUCAGCACACAGCCAGCCAUUGGCUGCCCCGGGUCAGCCUACACCCUCACUCCACUCCCAUUCAAUGUAGCCAGAGCUGAGCUGACUACCAAGCAGGUUCUGGGGUGCUCUCUCCAUUGUGGUACCCUAUUCUCCAAGUACCAUAUCCCAACAACAUUGACUCACUCACCCUUCCGGGAAUCCAGUCUCUAUCCCUCCACUGAUCCCGCCUGUCCUGCUAGGCUCAGAGCUCCUUCCUGUGCUGUGGACCAGAGGAUGUCUCAGGAAAGAAGCUGGUGAGUGCAGGCCAUCGCCCCAGCAGGACCAAAUUCUGCACAGCGGGUCCUUCUGGUAUCACAAUAGUCAUUCCCUGCAUUUGGCCGUUUUUAGUGGUUCGUGGUCAGUUCCCUCACGUUCACACUCACGGCAGAUGUGGAAGUUGCUAAGUUAAUUUAUAAAUACCUGCCAUGAUGGAUGCCUACAGCACGUGGCUCAGAAGAAGAGAGGUGACAAAAAACCUCCGUGUGCUCAGGCUACUGGGAGCAGUGGGUCCCAGGGCCGGAGCAGGGGACAGGACAAGCUGCAGCUCUCAGCUCUGAGCGUCUCAGCAUUCCAGGCACGGAGUGCAUUUAGAAAUCUGACCACAAAGCCUGAGCCUGCAUCGGUGGCUCUCAGUAGGGUCCUGGUCUUUCAGCUGUAGUGUGUAGACCAGAAGACAACCUCGGUGUCA